AUGGGCGAUGGGGGCACGGAGCGCGACCGCGGCCCCGCACGCCGGGAGUCACGCGGCGAGCGCAGCGCGGACCGCGGCAGAGCAGAGGCCCGGAGCGCUGCUGCCGGCGGCCGCAGCCCAGAGGACACUGCCAGGACCUCCAGCCCCGCGGGUUCCAGGGAGAGCGGCGCCGACAGCGACGGGCAGCCCGGGGUCGGGGAGACAGACCACUGCCGCCGCAUCCUGGUGCGAGAUGCCAAAGGGACCAUCCGGGAAAUCGUCCUGCCCAAGGGCCUGGACCUGGACCGGCCCAAGCGGACCCGCACAUCCUUCACGGCUGAGCAGCUGUACCGCCUGGAGAUGGAGUUCCAGCGCUGCCAGUACGUGGUGGGCCGUGAGCGCACUGAGCUGGCCUGCCAGCUGAACCUCUCAGAGACCCAGGUGAAGGUCUGGUUCCAGAACCGCCGCACCAAACAGAAGAAAGACCAGAGCAGAGACCUGGAGCAGCGGGCGUCCUCCUCGGCGGCGUCCGAAGCCUUCGCCACGUCCAACAUCCUGCGGCUGCUGGAGCAGGGCCGGCUGCUGUCGGCGCCCAGGGCCCCCAGCCUCCUGGCGCUGACGCCCGGCCUGCUGGGCCUGCCUGCCGGCCACAGGGGGGCCGCCUUGGGCGGCCCCAGGAACUGCUCCCCGCGCCUCACCCCGCUGGGCUCGGCCUCCGGGUCCCCGCCGCUGCGGCCCCUCCCGCCGGCGCUCUGCUUCUCCACCGCCCCGCUCCUGGACCUGCCCGCCGGCUGCGACCGGGGCUCCUCGGCCUUCGAGCCCUACAGCCCGCCCUGCAGCCGGCGGGAACGGAGAGGCGGCAGCCCCCGGGGCGCCAAGAAAGCUAGCGCUUAAGCCCCCACCCCCUGAGACACUCUGUCCCCAGCACUGCACCACCCGGCCUCCCAGGCCCCGCGCGGGUGGGCAGCCGCACGUCCUGCCCCCUCCCUCCCUCCCUCCCCCGCCAGAGACUCUGGACCGGGACCAGACGGCCGUGGCCACGCAGCUUGUGUGUGUGAGUGCGGUGUGCGUGUGUGCUCUCACGGAAAUAAAAGGAAAACAAUGA